UGGGGAUCGAACCGUGGUCUCAAAUUUAAAGCUCAAGAUUUUAUUUUGGAGGAAAAAAGAAAAAGGCCGGAAGUUUCCAUUGUGUGUGUUUGGAGACCUCCCGUUUUUAACGAAUUAACAUGUACUUUAGUCAUAUGAUUGUUAGUUACUUAUACGGGUUUCAUCUGAAUGAACGGAAAUUAAUGGAGAAAUGACGGAGAUAACCAACAGUCAGGCUGCAUGUCAAAAUAGGUAAGGAGCAACAGCCUUUAUUUUUCUCUUGUAACAGCCAAGAGGGAGGGAGGAGUUUAAACAAAGGCCUCUCCACAUAAAAAAAAAUGGAGGCUUGUGCAGAGAAGCCAUGGUGUCCUGCUCUUCACAGUCUACAUGCUGCCAUUCAUACUUCUAAAGCCUUCAAAUAAGACAACUACAACCAGGGUCUACACUUGGAAACUUCAAAACAGUGUCACACAGGGUUUUGCUGCCCCUGCCUGCACUGAACAAAGAUAAUUACUCAGGAAACAUUUCGGCCAAUCAGAAGCGGCCUUGUAUCCUGCCUGUGAGGAAGGCGACCAGUCAGGAUCUGGCUAACAACACCGGGGCCUGAUCGCCUUGCCUGAAGAACGGAGCCUUCCCCGGCUGAGGGCUGAGAGUGUCCUCCAUGUUUUAUAAGUGUUGACAUAACAGUGUGUCAGGCAGCCAUGCAUCCACAGAGCAGUCUGGCUGAGGAGGAGAUAAAGACAGAGUCUGAUGUGGUAGAGGGGAUGGAUGCAUCCGUACGAUCCAAAGUCCCUGAUCCACCAGGGUCAGCAGAACGGCUCGUGGCACCACAGAAGAGAAAGGUGUCCAGUCCCACACAUUCCUCCAAUGGACACUCUCCCUCGGACACCUCUCCCAGCCCUCUCAAGAAAAAGAAGAAGCCUGGGGCCAUUCACAGUGGCAGCAAAGACCAGUCAGAGCUAAGACAUGGUCCCUUUUACUAUAUGAAGCAGCCAGCACUCACCACAGACCCUGUUGAUGUUGUACCGCAGGACGGCAGGAAUGACUUCUACUGCUGGCUGUGCCACCGCGAGGGCCAGGUGCUCUGCUGUGAGCUCUGCCCCAGGGUGUACCACGCCAAGUGCCUCAAACUACCAGCUGAGCCCGAGGGCGACUGGUUCUGUCCAGAGUGUGAGAAAAUAACGGUUGCUGAAUGCAUCGAAACCCAGAGCAAGGCAAUGACAUUGCUCACAAUAGAACAACUCUCCUAUUUGCUCAAAUUCGCACUUCAAAAGAUUAAACAGCCUGGGACUGAACCUUUUCUGAAGCCUGUGUCUCUGGAACAGCACCCGGAUUAUGCAGAGUACAUUUUCCACGCCAUGGACCUGUCAACUUUAGAAAAGAAUAUCAAAAAGAAAAUGUAUGGCUGCACUGAAGCCUUUCUUGCUGACAUGAAAUGGAUUUUACACAACUGCAUAAUCUAUAACGGAGAUGGUGAUUUGAUUCCAGGCAAUCACAAAUUAACAGCAACUGCUAAAGUCAUCAUCAAGAUUUGUGAACAUGAGAUGAAUGAGAUUGAGGUGUGUCCAGAGUGCUACCUGUCUUCAUGCCAAAAAAGAGACAACUGGUUUUGUGAGCCAUGUAGUCCACCCCACCCUCUGGUCUGGGCUAAGCUAAAGGGCUUUCCCUUCUGGCCAGCAAAAGCACUUAGAGAAAAGGACGGGCAGGUAGACGCACGUUUCUUCGGGCAACAUGACAGGGCCUGGGUACCCAUCAACAACUGCUACCUCAUGUCCAAAGAGAUCCCUUUCUCUGUAAAGAAGACAAAGAGCAUUUUCAACAGUGCCAUGCAAGAGAUGGAAGUCUAUGUGGAAAACAUUAGCAAGAAAUUUGGGGUCUUCAACUAUGCACCCUUCCGGACUCCCUACACGCCCAACAACCAGCUACAGAUGCUGCUGGACCCCUCCAACCCCAGUGCUGGGACAGUGAAGACAGAGAAACAAGACAAACUCCGCUUCAACUUCGAUAUAACUGCGUCUCCUAAAAUGGUCCUGGGCAAGAGUUCCACACCCAGUGGCAUGAGCCGGAGGGUCUCAAUGACAGACAUGCCUCGGUCUCCCAUGAGCACCAACUCCUCGGUUCACACUGGGUCGGAUGGGGAGCAGGAAAUGGAAAAGCACAGCAGGAAUCCCGGCUUCCACUACAGCACUGGAGAGGAGUCAAUGGACUGUACUGCAUCUCCUAUGUCAGGGAAGAUGGGUCCUGCAGGCAGCCCGAAGCCCUUUAACCCUGGACUAGUGCCCAAGCAGGAGAGGACUGCAGGUACAGGCGGUAUCCUCAAUCUAAACCUGGACCGGGUGAAGGCUGAGAUGGAUCUGAAGGAGCUGAGUGAGACCGUGCAACAACAACAACAGCAGCAACAGCAGCAGCAGCAACAACAACAGGGGGGCUCAGCUUCCCUCCCCACCCCAAAGAGGUCCAUCAGGAGCCUGGACAAGACCAUUGAGAGUUGCAAGGCACAGCUCGGUAUAGAUGAGGUCUCUGAAGACGUAUACAAAGGUGUGGAUCACAGCGACUCAGAGGACUCUGAGAAAUCUGACUCAAGUGACAGCGAGUAUCUCAGCGACGAGGAACACAAGCCAAAGAUCUCCGCCCAGGACGACAAGGACAAGGACAAAGCAGAGAGAAAAAGGCCCAAAGCAAGCGCCGAUGGAGAGAGCAAGGAGGGAGUUACAAGGACAGCGGAUAAAGCCACUCCUGAACCCAUGCUCAAAGACAAGCACGGUAACAACGGCCUAGUGAGGGACCUCCAGGAGAAGCCCAGAACGCUUCAGCCUCUCGCUGACAAACCCAAAGCCCCAGAGGAGGGCAGAGGAGCUGCUGCCACAUCAUCAGCUGAGCAGGACUCUGACUCUGAAAGAGAGCUGGUGAUCGACCUGGGAGACGAACAUGGAGGCCGCGACUCAAAGAGGGCGAGGAGAGAGCCAGGAGCCAAAACUCUCAAAGAGCCCAAUGUCGCCAAGCUGGAAGGUAAACUGUCUUCAUCAGCUGCAGCAUCUGCUCCAUCACGGGAGGCCGCCUCUAACCUAAAAGACUCUUUACAACCGGCCAUCACAGCAGCCCUCAACCUUGUUUCCACUGCAGCUUCUGGUCAGCCCAGUGCUGCCACAGCCUCCAGUGGAUCCACCAGUGCACCCUCUCCUGCCACCUCGGCCUCCACAACAUCGCCAGUACCUGCAGCUGUAAAGAAACAGCGCCCUCUACUGCCUAAAGAGGCCGCUCAGGCCGUGCAGAAGGCGGUGGUUUGGAAUCCAACCAAGUUCCAGACGUCCUCUCAGAAGUGGCACAUGCAGAAGGUUCAGAGGCAGCAGCAGCAUGAGGAGCCGGCAGCCGUGCAGUCCCCGGCUCAGAGUCCGGGGCAAACACAAAGCCCACAGCAGCUGCAGAACUCCUCAAGUACCCGCUAUCAGACCCGACAGGCAGCCAAGGGGCAAAAGGACGUACCUCAGAGUACUUCCUCGUCGACAGCUGCCCAGGUCACAGGGAACUCCUCUUCUUUCAGUUCAGGAGACGUGCAGAUCCCUACAGGCUCAGCCGAUGUGGCUGCUGACAUAACCAAAUACACAAACAAAAUGAUGGAUUCGAUAAAAGGGACAAUGACUGAAAUCUACAACGAUCUUUCCAAAAGCACAUCAGGAAACACCAUUGCUGAGAUCCGGCGGUUAAGAAUAGAGAUUGAGAAGCUGCAGUGGCUGCAUCAACAAGAGUUGUCUGAGAUGAAACACAAUCUUGAACUGACAAUGGCAGAGAUGAGGCAGAGUCUCGAGCAGGAAAGAGAACGUUUGGUGGCGGAGGUAAAAAAGCAGACAGAGUUGGAAAAGCAGCAAGCGGUGGACGAGACCAAAAAGAAACAGUGGUGCGCUAACUGCAGGAAGGAGGCCAUCUUCUACUGCUGCUGGAACACCAGUUACUGCGAUUACCCCUGCCAGCAAGCACACUGGCCUGAACACAUGAAGUCCUGCACGCAGUCAGGUAGGCAAGCAUGGAUGAUCCAAAAUGGAAGUUUCAGCCACAAACACAAUACGGACGGUGUUAAAACAGUCUUGCCACUGACGCAAGCUGUGGGCCUCAGCUUCUCAGCAGGAACCAGAAGCAGAGUCAAACUCCAUCCCUCCAGUGAAAUCCACAGGCCAAUCUCCUCCUGCCACACAGACCCUGACCCCAGGAGCAGGAUCCAUAUCGGACAAAAGCAACUCUCCCACACUUAUUGACAAGAGCAAAGACAGUGCUGGCGUUACUGUGACCUAACUGCUACACUACAGAUACUCUCGCACACCUUGCAUUAACGCUGUGGGGCUUUUUACGUCAGACAUGUAGCGUCAAACUUGGUGCUGGAAGGCCUCUGUGACAAAUCACUUUGAUUUUUCAAUUCCCAUGUGUACAUCUGCUUGGUGGACUUUUUUUUAUGUUUGGUUCAUCUCUCAUUCACAGUUUCCAUAAGUCGGUGAUCAGGUGGAUUCACCAUGUGAAAGUAGUCUGUCUUGAGAACUAAAAUGUGAGGUUAUACGUUUUCAUACUGUAGUUAUGUUAUAGCUCUGUUACCACUUUGUUUCAACUCUGAACAAGAUUGUAUCAACCAGCAGAAUAUUUACACUUCUCAAUGCUGCUCUUAGUAUUUCACAGCUGUUGUAUUUCUUUGAAUGGUCUUCAUAUAAUGAGACAAACACAGCUAUUGAUAGAUAUUCAUUAAUCAUUGUGCCAUCACAGGUAUUUUGAGUUAUGCAAGUUCCACCUUUGUUUUAAACCAUGUCCGCUUCAUGUCAGUUAAGAUUUUUUGAUUAAUGCAAUGGUAAACAUUAUAUUUGCAACUAUGUCCUCUUCACGUCAGCUGGGGCAUUUUUGGCUCAUACCAAUUUUGUAUUGUUGUUCCACAUUGUAUAGAAAACCUACAUAAAAAUAUCUGUGAUUUAUUAAAAAAAAAACUAAGACGUGUAAACUGUACAAAGUUUUGUAAGAAAGUACCUGGACAAUAUUUAUAGUGUUAUAUGUUUUUAUAGUAUGUUUAAGGAAAUCACAUUUCUAUGUGUCUAAAAAAAAAAGUUAUUUGAAAAUAAAUUACUUCAUAAUAUGAAUGUCAGCUCUGAGCGAAGCCUCUGUUUAUAACUGAUUAUCUAAAGCUGAUCAGACUGUCUAUAAGAAGGUGGAAAGAUAGAAACUGCAUUUGGCUGGAUAUUAUUUCCUGUGAGCAUGUCUGUUUUGGGCUUGUGUUCGUGUUUACAUAUUGUACAUAAAAUAAAUGGACUUGUGAAGAAAAAAUAAAAGUGCUCUGAUCAACCUAA